AUGAAAAAAUGUCGUACCCACAAGAGAAAAUUAACGUCUGAGAUGUCUGAUGAGGCUGGCUGGAGAUACUACUCUGAUAACUUUAUUCCUGUAGACUGUAAGGAUCUUCAAUCAGAUGGAUACAUUAAUUCAGGGGUAUAUGAAAUAUACCCCUAUGGCACCAUGACCAGUCCUGUCCGUGUUUACUGUGAUAUGACUACUAUGGAAGGAGGGUGGACGGCCAUCCAGAAACGCGUAGACGGAUCCGUUAGAUUUAACAGGACCUGGACGGAAUACAAAAAUGGUUUUGGUUACCCGGAACAGAAUGUUUGGGGUGGAAAUGACAUAAUCCAUCAAUUAACAAAAGAGCGGAACUCAUCCCUUUAUGUGUCCAUCACUCUUCAUAAUGGUACAACACUGUAUGAAAUGUACGACACAUUCUCUAUCUCUGACGAAAGAGCGAAAUAUAAACUAUUUCUUGCAGGACCUGCCACGGGAACCUUAGGAGAAAGAAUGAUAAAUCCUGGGAGUUCUAAAAGAAAACUGUCUGGUAUGUACUUUACAACACGAGACAGGGAUAACGACAAAUAUGAUAUAAACUGCGCCACUCUCAGUGAGACUAGAGGGGGCUGGUGGUUUAAUGCCUGUACCUACACCUUCCUUAAUGCUCCAUGGUACCCGGCAAAGUGGAAGAGACCGUGGUAUCCUGCAGUAACGAUUGAUUCCAGAAUAGUGAGGACUAUGAUGUUGGUGAAACGUCAGUAG